AUGGCUACCACGACAGAUAUCAAGAAGUACAAAUUCAACCACUCGAUGAUUCGGGUGAAGGACCCCAAGGCUUCGGUCAAGUUCUACGAGACCCUCGGCAUGAAGGUCAUCAGGAAGAUUCCGCAGCCCGAGGCCAAGUUCGAUCUCUACUUUCUGGCCUACGACUCGCCUAACGCUCUGUCGGCGGGCAAGGACGCCUUAGACCGGGAGGGCAUCAUCGAGCUGACGCACAACUACGGUACCGAGAAUGACCCCGAGUACAAGGUCAACAACGGUAACACGGAGCCACACCGCGGCUUUGGCCACACUUGCAUCAGCGUCGACAACAUCCAAGCGGCGUGCCAGCGCCUCGAGGACGCCGGCUACACCUUCAAGAAGAAGCUUACAGACGGCAAGAUGCGCCACAUCGCGUUUGUGCUGGACCCGGACCAGUAUUGGGUCGAGAUCAUCGGGCAGAAGCCGAUUGAGCAGACGGAGAACGUCAAGGAGACGGAUGUGACGACAUACAGAAUGAACCACACGAUGCUCCGCGUCAAGGACCCCCAGAAGUCGCUCAAGUUCUAUCAGGAAGUCCUUGGCAUGUCAUUGAUCCGCAAGAACGAGUCCAGCGAUUUCACGCUCUUCUUCCUGGCCUACGGCGACCUCAAGGAGGGCGAGAGCCAGGCGCAGCGCGAGGGCAUCCUCGAGCUCACGUGGAACCACGGCACCGAGAAGGACGAGGGCUUCAGCUACCACAACGGCAAUGACCAGCCUCAGGGCUUUGGCCACAUUUGCGUCUCGGUCGACAAUGUCGAAGCUGCAUGCGCGCGUUUCGAAGCCUUGAAUUGCAACUGGAAGAAGCGCCUUACCGACGGUCGCAUGAAGAACAUUGCUUUCCUGCUGGACCCCGACAAUUACUGGGUUGAGGUUGUUCAGAACCAGAGCUUUUAA